CAACGCCCCGUGAAGCAGUCCCUGAGCGCCUGCAUGUGCCGGGAGUCCCACUGGAAAUGUCUCCUCCUCUCCAUCCUCAUGUACGGCUGCCUGGGUGCAGUGGCCUGGUGUCAGCUGGCUCGGGUCACCAAGCUCAGCUUUGAUAGCUCCUUCAAGGGCAAGUCCAUGAUCUACCAUGACAGCCCGUGCUCGGACGGCUACGUCUAUAUCCCACUGGCCUUCCUCUCUAUGCUGUACGUGGUGUACCUGGUAGAGUGCUGGCACUGCCACGUCAAGAGAGAGCUGCAGUACAAGGCAGAUGUGGACAGUGUCUAUGAAUGCAUCAACCGCAUGCAGCAAGCCACUCCAUGCAUCUGGUGGAAGGCCAUCAGCUACCACUUUGUGCGGCGAACCCGGCAGGUGACCCGGUACCGCAAUGGUGAUGCCUACACCACCACACAGGUCUACCACGAGAGGGUCAACACCCAUGUGGCUGAAGCUGAGUUUGACUACUCUCACUGUGGAUACAAGGACAUCUCCAAGGAGCUCCUGGGCCUGGAGAGCUACACAGCCACCAAGCUGAGGUUCACCAAGUGCUUCAGCUUUGCCAACAUUGAGUCUGAGAACUCUUACCUGACUCAGAGGGCUCACUUCUUCACAGAGAUUGAGGGUCUGGAUGACUACAUGGAGGUGAGGGAAGGCAUGCAGCUCAAAAACGUGGACUUCAAAGAGCUUAUGAUGGCUUACGGGGACCCGGAUCACCUCCCAUGGUAUGUGUCCCACUAUGCCUUCUGGGUGGCAGCUAUCCUCAUGAUCUCGUGGCCGCUCAGGGUACUCAUAGAGUAUCGGACUGCUUACGUCCACUAUCACGUGGAGAAACUGCUGGGCCUGGAGUACACGGCACCCACGGCGGUGGACGAGCCCUUGUACCGGUACCGCAUGCCCCGCGACACCACGCAGGACAGCACGGAGCUGGAGUGGCACAUCUGCACCAACCGGCAGCUGAUCCCCAGCUACUCGGAGGCCAUGCUCAUGGACCUGGCCAAUUCCCCGUCCUACGCGGUGUGCCGGUACGGCCAAACAGCCCACGGCUGCGACCGCUGCAACCGCGCCUCCAGCACCUCCUCCAUCUUCUCGCGCCACGCUUUCCAUAGCUGCAACUCCCGCCUCUCCCUCAACACCAGCCGCUUCUCCCUGUGCCGCGUCCGGUGGAGGAGCCGCAGCAGCAGCAUCGCUGACCGGGGCUGCCAGGACGAGCAGUGCUGCUCCUACUCCAGCCAGCUGGCCAUCAAUGAGAACCCCCCCACCUACCACGAUGCCCGCUUCUUCCCCGUGCUCAUCGUGCACCGGCCGGAGGGGCACAGUGGGCAGCCUUUCUACGUCAGGCGUUCCUCCUGCCUGGAAACCUCGCUGUGA